UCAGUAAUGAAAUAAGCACAACACAUGAAUGAAAAAAUUCUUUCUUAAAUAUUUCUUAACCAUAAAUAUAUUAGAUAUAGUUUAAAACAAAAGACUCUGCAAUUCAUGGCUUAUAAGUUUACCUUGGAAAAUAAGUUACUUACAGAAGAACAAAGAGACUUCUAUGAAAAAAAUGGCUUCUUGGUUGUAAAGAAUUUAGUCUCGUGUGAGGAGUUAAAGCGAUAUGAAGAAAGAUUUUCAGAUAUUUGCGACAAGCGUGUUCCAUGUGGUGAAAUGACUGUAAUGCGGGAUGUAAAUCAAACUCCUUUGAAAAAUUCAAAUCAUUUAGUUUAUAAAAUCCAAGAUUUUCAAGCUGAUUCUGUUCUUUCAAAUUAUUUUAAAAAUCCAAGUUUACUGAAAUAUGCAGAAUGUUUUGUUGGAAAGCGCAUUAUGGCUAUCCAUACCAUGUUGAUCAAUAAACCUCCCGAUUGUGGCAAAAAAUCAUCACGACAUCCGAUUCAUCAAGACCUUUUUUAUUUUCCUUUACGACCUGCAGAUCGCAUAGUCUGUGCUUGGACUGCUAUGGAAAAUAUCAAUCGUCAUAAUGGUGGUCUUAUUGUUAAGCCUGGUACUCAUACUCAAGAGCUUUUGCCACAUCAAUAUCCACAAUGGGAAGGAAAAUUGAACAAGGGAUUUCUUGGAAUAAAUGGAUUUGAUAAAAUAAAAAAGAAAGAGUUUGAAUAUUUAGAAAUGGAAACAGGUGAUACUGUCUUUUUUCAUCCCUUACUAUUCCAUGGUUCUGGGCGAAAUAAAACACAACACUUUCGUAAGGCCAUAUCUUGUCAUUAUGCUUCCGCUGACUGCAAUUUUAUUGAUGUUGCUGGUACAAUUCAAGAAGUUAUUAAAACUGAAAUUGACGAUAUUUUUAAGAAACGAUUUCCAAAUUUAACUGCUAGUUUUGAGGAUAUCUGGCGAUUUAAACAGGUAUUUGUACAAGGUGAUGAAAAAUCAAAAUUAUAAACUUUUUCUGUAAAUAUUUAUACUUUAAUGGUUUAUCUUUUUAUCAAAAUUAAUAAUAUUAUAUUAUUUUUUAUUAAAUUAUAAAAUUAUA